CCGGAAGUGCGGGUAGAGGAAAGCAGCGCGCUUGUGGCGCGAGUCGUUACUCCUGUUUCACGUAUAUCUAUGAAUUGUAAAGAUUCGGUUACUCGCCAAUAUUAUUGUGAUUUAAAUUAUUGUGAAAAUAGGGAACAUUCGCCGUUGUCGAUACAACAUGCCUCGGAGGAAGACCCUACCUGAUCCAUUCAUUCAUGUUCCAGUCGUUUCUGAUCCGGUGAUGCCAAGCAGAAAUGCUGGCAGCAGCUCUGAUGGGACAGAAGAUUCAGAUUUCUCAGCCGACCUGGAGCACACUGACAGCUCGGAGAGUGAUGUGAACACGAGCAGAAACACCCGCCUCACUCGGGCCUCUGUUCGCCUGAGCCAGAGUUCUCAAGAUUCCAGUCCAGUUCGGAACUUGCAGUCCCUGGGUUCAGACGACGCCGCCUAUUCCACAAGGCGUGUGACCCGUAGCCAGCAACAGGGGGCGCCAGUCACCCCAAAGAAAUACCCACUGCGUCAGACCCGUUCCUCCGGAUCAGAAACGGAGCAAGCCAUCGACUUCUCCGACAGGGAUCUGAAGCAUGCCGUGGACCAGGACGAGUCUCCUCCGCGCACUCCAACUGGGAACGCGCCCUCUUCGGAGUCUGACAUCGAUAUCUCCAGUCCUAACGCCUCACACGAUGAGAGCCUAGCCAAGGACCUGUCCCUGAAGGACUCGGGCAGCGACCUCUCCCACCGGCCCAAGCGCCGUCGCUUCCACGAGAGCUACAACUUCAACAUGAAGUGCCCCACACCCGGCUGCAACUCCCUGGGCCAUCUUACUGGGAAGCAUGAAAGGCAUUUCUCCAUAUCAGGUUGUCCCCUCUACCAUAAUCUUUCAGCUGAUGAAUGCAAGACUGCCAAUGAAAAAGCGGAAAAGACAAAAGGAAUGACGGAGUCACCUAAUCUGUGUCUGCAGGUGAGAGCUAACAAUCGGGACAAGCAGGUGGAAGAGCGAACACUGUCACACAGACAGGACGAGAACAACAGGCAUGCCACGCGCCACCAGGCCCCGACUGAGAGGCAGAUGAGGUAUAAAGAAAAGGUGACAGAGCUGAGGAAGAAGAGGAAUGCAGGACUGCUGAAGGAGCAGAAAGAGAAAUACAUGGAGCACAGACAGACCCAUGGCAACACGAGGGAGCCUCUCCUGGAAAACAUCACAAGUGAUUAUGACCUGGAGCUGUUUCGAAAAGCCCAGGCACGUGCAUCGGACGAUCUUGAGAAGUUGAGGCUACAGGGUCAGAUCACAGAAGGCAGCAACAUGAUCAAGACAAUCCUCUUCGGUCGCUACGAGCUGGAUACCUGGUACCACUCUCCCUACCCUGAGGAGUACGCGCGACUCGGGCGCCUCUACAUGUGCGAAUUCUGCCUCAAGUACAUGAAGAGCCAGACCAUCCUUCGCAGACACAUGGCAAAAUGUGUAUGGAAACAUCCUCCUGGAGACGAGAUCUACAGGAAGGGAGCCAUAUCUGUGUUUGAAGUGGAUGGCAAGAAAAAUAAGAUUUACUGCCAGAAUCUGUGCCUGUUAGCCAAGCUGUUUUUGGACCACAAGACGCUUUAUUAUGACGUUGAACCUUUCCUGUUUUAUGUGAUGACCGAAGCGGACAACACAGGGUGCCAUCUUGUUGGUUACUUCUCCAAGGAGAAAAAUUCCUUCCUGAACUACAACGUGUCCUGCAUCCUGACAAUGCCACAGUACAUGAGACAGGGAUAUGGCAAAAUGCUCAUAGACUUCAGUUACUUGCUGUCAAAGGUAGAAGAAAAGGUUGGCUCUCCAGAGCGCCCCCUCUCUGAUUUGGGUCUGAUCAGCUAUCGUAGUUACUGGAAGGAGGUGUUGCUCCGCUAUCUGCACAACUUUCAAGGCAAAGAGAUUUCCAUCAAAGAGAUAAGUCAAGAGACUGCAGUGAACCCUGUGGAUAUCGUGAGCACGCUGCAGUCGCUCCAGAUGCUGAAGUAUUGGAAGGGAAAGCAUCUGGUCUUAAAGAGACAGGAUCUUAUAGACGAGUGGCUGGCGAAGGAAGCAAAGCGAGGUAGCAGCAACAAAACCAUCGACCCGAGCUCUUUGAAAUGGACCCCCCCAAAAGGCACAUAGAAGCCCGGAAAACGGGUUCACCCUUGUGCAAAUCUACUACUCAAUAAAUCACCAUAUUACAGCUAGCAAACCUGUCCGUAGAUGUAGUGACCCAUUGCUGCUGCUAAUUGUGGCGGUUAGGAAGUAAGGACUGGUCUGGCUGCAGCUGGUCCAGGUAGGGUACUGAGGGAUGGAGUAGCCAUGGGUUUUCUUUGUAUUUAUUUAUUUUUUUUAUUCCCAACAACGUGCCCCUUUGGUCAACCUGUAGUGUCCCACCACAAACAAUCUUUGAACAUCAUGGGAUGGUUACUUUAAAAUAUGAGGAUAUUUUAUUUGCAUCCAGUUUUCAGGAUGAAACUUUAAAUACCAAAAAAUGUUAUGAAUGCCCCAGUACUGUUCUGGCAUAGGUCUGGCCUGGUAUCUGUUCUACCCAUAUGUGUGUUUUGGAUGAGUCUGUGUUUGACAACAUACAUUAUUCUACUUGGGGUCCUGUGUAUUAAAGUACAUGAGACGAUUGCCAAAACAAUGUGUUGGCUUUGGCAAUUGCCUUAGGAAUAGAAGUACUGAGGAAUUAGAAAAUGUUGCAGUGCUUGUCUUUUGAAGAGCAGCCUGCUAACAGAAAUUUAAAUAAUUAUUUAAAAACAAAACCAUGUUUUUUGCAAGUGAAGUACAGAUACAUACUUAUUUUCAAAUGCAUAAUUUAAAAACUCCAAGGAAUAUGAUGUGUGUGUGUGUGUGUGGGUGGCUUGUUGAAUGUAACUUGAACAGAGUAGAUGCACAGAACCAGUUGAUUCAAAAUUACUAACAUGGGUGAGGCUUAAUUGACAGUCUGCUCAUAAAAAUGAAAAACCUUUUCACACCAUCUCUCUUGUUUAACUCUGCAAUAAUGUUAGUCUCACUCCAACUUUUGAUAAUACUGUAUACAAAUAUGUAGUUUCUUUUCAUCCUUUAAAAAAUAGUUAAGUCCACCCCCUCUGACUGUUGUGAAAUACACAUACUGAGUACAGGCGUACUGAGCUCUUUCACAUGUAAUUCAAUUCUAUAUGUGUGCACUUGAAUACAGCAGAAGGAAAGGUAUAGAUCAUUUACAGUUUAGUGCAUAAUGGUUUAUGCUGAAAUGUUUGGAAAAGUACAAAAACAAGUACCAUAUUGGACUUUUUUUUUUUUUUUUACAAUCAUUAAAAAAUACAUUCAUUAACACA